GUUUCGUCAGCGUGAUGGGGGACAUCGAGGCGUCGGAUAGUAACCGAUCACGACAGACCGUAAUUCAUUCUCUUCUCCCUAGUAAAGAAUUCAUCUCCUCCCGAAAAGGACUACUGCUGCUCGGUGAAGUGGUGCUGUCGUUCAUCAGCUUUGUGUGUUUUGCUGCUUCAACAGCCGCUGCUUUCGUCACGGCUCCCUUCAUUGAGUUCUUGGCAGCUCUCUUCCUGCUGUUUGCUUAUUCUACAAAGUUCAAUGAGAGAUUUAAGGGCUUUCACUGGCCCCUCAUGGACUUCCUGCGCUGUGUCAGCGCCUCCAUCAUCUUUUUCAUCAUUUCUAUAAUUUCUGUGUCAAAAUAUCCGGAUGGAGCCUCAAAGGCUGCUGGGGUCUUUGGCUUCUUUGCCACAAUAAUCUUUGCCCUGGACUUUUAUUUCAUCUUUAAUGAUCUGGCCAAUUUCCUCAAGGGAGGUGACUCCGGUGAAGAACCACCAAACACACAAGAUGAUGACUCAGACUCUGACUCGGACUAAAGCUGUGUUUGUGUCCAAAAUCCUGGCGUGUGACCACUACAGUGCCUGAUAACCAAAACAGACUUUGGUAUAAUUUCUUUUUUUAUUGUACAUAAUUUUGAGCUUUUUGUGACUAGUCUAUUUCAAUUGUUACAUCACAGAAUAGUAGCUAUAGAGUUUUCUAUAGUAUAUGCAUCCAUACAAUCAAAAUCCCUCUCAUUCGAUUUUCACAAAGCUGUGAAUUAUUCCAGUUACAGAUUCACAUCAGUCAAGCUUGUUGACAGUUUUUUGGAAAAAAGGGCAGUGUUGUACCAUUUAUCAUGUUAAUGUACUGCCUCCAACAGCUUAGGUGUACUUAUAGUAUGAUUACACAUGUGAUCGCUUCAAGUUUUUACAGUAUGUACGAGUCUUUUUACAUUUCCUUAUUUGGGAGCUCUGUGUGUGUAUGUUUACUAAUUAGAACUAUUCUGGGAGAAUGUUUUCUCAAAAUACGUUCUCUUAAAUUGUCUUUUAAAAAAUAAUGCAUGACGUGGUGAUGAAGCCCUGUAUUGGGAAUAAUAAUUUGAAUGUUUUGUAGCAACAAAAUAAGUUUACAUCAUAAAAGAAAUUAGCAGGUGGUUGGCUGGUCACAGUUACCUGUCUCAUUUCCACACGUCUACACAUUGGUGUUAUUCUUGUAAUGUCGAUAUAAUUCCAAUGUCUUGCCAAAGUACUGCAAAAAAAGGCAAGAUUUGUCUCAUCGUGUUCACCUUGCAAUGUAGUUUUCUUACAGUGGCACUGCUCAGCUAUUGAACCUGUAUUAUAAAUGUGAGCUUCAGCAGUGCAUAAGGGAGCGUCUCCUGGUUUACCACAGUAUUAUAAGGCAUGCAGCACGCAUCCACAUGUAAACCACCUUCUAGUGUUUCUGAAGAGUGGAUAUGCUUUAAGAACAUGCUCUGUCAGAUUGCCACAUCAAUAAAUAUGUUUUUUGUGUGCAA